CUCACCUAUUUAUAGGGAUAGUGUUUGUUUCUUGUUAGCAAACGCUUCAGUUGUUGAUAAUAAAGAAAGGGAGACGCGGAGACUGGGAAGCUAAAGAGUUUAACGUGUAUGGAAUUCAUAUGGUGACGGUGUAGCGUCAGAGGGGAGAUUAAAUCUGAUCUAAUCGACUCCUAGUCUAAACACCGAUUAUUUCUUAGUGUGGGCUUUGUAGCCCACUAUCGUUAAUUAAUAAGGCUUCGAUCAAGUCUUAUUUAUAAAUCUGGUUUUAUAAUGGGCUAUGCAGGUAAAUAUUAAAGGACCCAACAAAUAAUCGAGAAUUUCAUCAUUCCGCGUUUGUCUUUGCCGAUGGGAAUAAAUUAUUAAGGUUUGUGGGUCCCACAUAAAUAUAGAAAGUGAUGACGUGGACAAUUUUAGGAGAGUGAGAUAUAUGGUGUUUUUUGCACCAUUGUGUAUAUGCUCUGGAGUGGACUAAAGAGCUAAAGAAAGAAGCGUGAAGAAAGGAACAAGAAUUUGAGCAGCUGGAAUUCAUGGACAUCAGUUUUCUUCAUUGCUAAGAUGAGGGCUACUCCGUUAAAUCUCGAUCUAGUUUAGUACUACCAUUAUGGAAAGUUUAGUUUCAAAACAUGAUCCGUCUUUGUGAAUCGAGUCUGUUUGAGGGUCUUGCUUUUUCAUUAUUGAUAUUGAUUGUUAAACCGGAAAUAGGAUAAUAGAGGAUUCAACGGUUAUGUGAAAUGGUUGAUUUUAGGGACUGCUAUAUAUAUGUAUAUAUAUAUAGUUAUAUAGUAAGGACUAUGUGACGAGUGCGGGGGUUCAGAGAUAUCUGAGCUAGUGACGCAGAUGUUUGGUGUUGUGCGAGGGCCCAGAGAUGUCUGAGCUAGUGAUGCAGAUGUUUGGUGUUGUGCGGGGGCCCAGAGAUGUCUGAGCUAGCGACGCAGAUGAUGUUAGUGCGGGGGUACAUAGACAGACUGUACUAUCGACACAGCGGGUAUGUAUAUCUUUAUGAGGAAAUGCAUGGUGCAGAGAGUAGCUACGCAUUAAGCGCACGGGUUGUAGGGACUACUUCUCUAGCCACAUAUUAAUUGUUCUGUGUGGUGUAGUAGGCACCGUGUUUGUUUCAUGCUAGAGCUAGGCCUACAUAGUUGUAGUGCUAUAAACUCAGUCAGUGGUUUGCGGUUUAGCAUCUCAUACCUCGCUGGGCAACUCCCUUGUUGCUCACCCCUCCUUUCUUCCUCCUUUCAGGUUAGACUAUCGACCAGGAGUGAUUACAUCGGUUUGGUGCUUUGGGUGCUAUUGGGCUUUUGGGCUUUUGAUGUUUCCGCUUAUUUACACAUUUCGGACUUUCGGCCUUGUUUGGUUAUUUAUAUUUUAGACAUCUAUUUUAUUUACUGGAUUUCCAGCGUGGACGUUGACUUUUAAAUAUUUAUAAAUGGAGAUUUCAGAUAUUAUUAUUUAUCAUAUUAUUUUUAUUAUUUCGAAAGUGACAGGUGUCACAAUUUUAGUAUCAGAGCUAUUUAUUUAUCGUAAUAUUUUAUUCUGUAAAUCGGGGUGUUACAACACUCUUCCGUAAAAAACAUCUAAAUUAUUUUUUUAAUAAUUAUAUCAAAUUUUAGUAACUACUGGACACAUAAAUACCAAAUUCGCGAGUAUUAGUGGAAAUUAAUUAAUUUUAAAAUGAAGCAACUAUAACUGUUUUUUGUUAUAAUGAAUUUGGUUAGUUAAAAAAACUGGUUGCAAAGAGCUCCCAAACAAUAUUCAAAACGGAAAUGAAUUUUCAACAAAAAUACGUUCGUAUUAUGAAAAAGGCACAAAACGGAAACUAACAUCAUGCAAACUCCUUUUUAACAACAUGCAAACUAUAUUUCUAUAUUAAGUCGAUUGCCCUAUUUAUUACCAAAUGGGGAAGGAGUUUGCAAACAAAUAAAACAAAUGAAGAUAGAUGUGAGCAAACGCCCACCCCCGUUUCAGUUGUUUUCCUCUAUUUAUCGCACCAACAAACUAACCAAAGUGUAUUAAUUAACGAGUAAAACUGUUUCAAAAUUUUUUUUGUACUAAUAAAACCCAGAAGUUACAAGAUUUGAGAAAACAAAACACAAUUAAGAGUUAAGACGCAAUAACUCAUAAAUCUAGAAAGAGGAUGAAUCCCAAAACCCUUGUUAUGAAUCUUCUCAUCCUUCUCCUUGUACAAAUCUCAAACUUAUCAGUAGUUGUAAACUCCUUAGAAGCGUACCACCAACAAUACUACCACAGAUCAGAGUUUAGGGUACCGCCAAAUUCGGUUGUACGAAUCGUCAUCUCCAAUGAUCUGUUUGGUCUAAAGAAUAAUGGAAAUGCAGGUUUUGUAUGCACAAACGGUAAUGGGGUAUGGAGGAAAAGCAAACCAGGAGACCGGUACGUUGUGGCCCAAUUCAAGUACGACGGUAAGAGGAGGCAAGCUUCCACGCAUUGUCAUCUCCGGUCCAGAUUUGGAUUUGUGAAUUUUCCGGUUAAUAUUAAUCCGGACACAUCUGCUUAUUGUUACCCUAGCUACGUAUGUGGUUACUCAGUUCGAAAAGAUGGGGUUUAUUACAAACCUGAGAUGAAGCUUUAUCCAUGGACGAGACAGAAGUAAUGUUAUAUAUAUAUAUAUAUAUAAUGAUGAUGCCAAUGUUUCAUGUACCGGUUCGUAAAAUUAGAUUCGCGCACUUACGUAGAGAAAAAGCACUUGCAUAUAGCCCGUCAAUGUUUUUAAUUCCGUCAUGAAAUGUUAUCAAUCAGACGAAAUAUUUUUCAGAACUGUAUCGGUGAUGUAGUAGUAGUAAAAAGAAAAACAAAAGACACUUGUAGGUGUAAUUAUUUUAAGAAUUUUAUAUUAUUUCUUCUAUCUUUCGUUACAUAAAACUUAGUUAACAGACUGAGUUCUUUUGUAUGAUCUGCCAAUUAAUUGGGAAAACAAAUUGGAGUACGGUUUGGUAACCGAAAUAGAGACACCUUGGCUAAUUAAUUACAUAUCUUUUAAUUAUGAGUUACAUAUCUUUUUAGUUUAUUAUUUGAAAAAAAAAAGGCUAAACGAACCAUUUUGAAAAUGCUUUGUGCUAGUAUACCUUUGAUUAUAAAACUUGCCCCAAUAUAUCUUUGAUUAAUUAUUAUCCGGAAUUAAUCUUAUAACUAAUUAAGUUUACAUAUUAAUAUAGUUUUUAAUAUAUUAAUAAACCAACCAAAUUUGUUUACAAGUAUUUAAAACAAAUAAAAUAUAAGAAAUCAAAAUCUUAAUAACAUAUAAAAAAAUCAAAGCCCAAUUAUUCCAAUUAAUUUUCUUUUGAUUAGAAACUGAUGGAUUUCAUAAUUCACCAAGAAAUAGGGGUACGGAAUUUAUGAUUACUUGUAUAAAAAAAUUAAGAAAAGUUGUAUAUAUCGAUGAUUAUGUAUGAACGAUGUAUAUAUGAUUGAUAAUGUGAGUAGAAAAAGAAGGUGCAGAGGUAUUGAGACUAUAAGUUUCAAUCUACAACUGAAUCAUUUUCUUCUUCCUCGUUGUUCUCUUUUUAUAGGUAUUGGCAAGAUGGAUCGUAACGGUGGCAAGAUCUCCGGUGAGUUUCAGGUGCUUUUAUGAUCGUCUUGAAUGUUUACUUUCUAUUGCGCUCUGGUUUGAUUAUUUUAGUUCUGCGUGGGCCACCUCCUCAGCUUGGGAUGGGCACUUGACGUUUGUGGGUCUGCUGUCUUCUUUUGGGCCUUAGUGGCAUCAGGUCGAUUACUUGGACCAGGUCUGGAGUGUGUGAAUUCUUCCUCUAACAAUAGCCCCUUGAACAACUGGAGUGUUUCAGGCUGUUAUCCAGGUCAAAUGUUGAUUCCGAGCUGGAUGUCACGUUCGAGGUCAUCGGUGCAAGAUCAUUCUAGGACCCGGUUCAACAUUCCGAUUUUCUAUCCUUAAUUGUUGAUUUUACCAUGGAUUUGAUAUAAAUCAAAGGUUUGAUUUUCAUUUCUUAGGAACCAAAACGUUUUGAAAAAGAAAAUUAUUUCUUUCCUUGGCUUAAGAAGCAUUAGACUCUUUAUUUUCCCUGAAUUGCCUUCAUUACAUCGUUUCAAGAGGAAGAGAUGUUAUUUCAACUGAUGUAGGUAACUUUUUCUUUUACAUUCUUCCACUUGUCUCAUCUCUGUUUUCAUCUUUUUCCACUUCUUUUUUCGAUGGCGCCUCUGAUCAGAAGAAAAUCAAGGAGGGUCCCCCUGGCUUUGUCUCCUAGCAAUUCCGAUGAUUCAACAUAUAACGAUGGGUUCAUGUCUUGAGCCCGCCUUCUUCUGCCAUUAUUUCAUCUUUCGGGAAUGUCGGUUUAGUUGGCCAUUCUUCUGCCCUGGUGCCCGGGCUCCGGUAUCAGGAGCAACGUUUUUUGUUCCCAUUGGGGAUUGCAAAACUUGACUUGGUUUGGUCCCUUGUCUCCUGGUAUUCUUGGCUCCGAAAACUGUCGGUAUAUCGGAGUCGAUUCAGGACUUGAGAGAGUCACUUGAGAUUCUUAUAGUGACAAUUUUACUUUUCCUACUGGGGAUUCCAUGCAUUGGUUAGCGCCUCCAGGGUAUUUCACAAUGUAUGCAGCCUUCUUGAAAAAGUGUAACCUUUGGUUCCUUCUUCUCGCCAUCCUGUUCAAAUACUACCAUAGACAUGAUAAGCCGUUGAGGCUUAGUGGAUCUGAACCAUCAUUGUCCUUUUUGUUUUAUCCUGUGAGAUUGGGCAGGUGGGCAGGUGGGCAGGACGUGGAGCUACAGAUACUUGAGGCCAUCACCACCUUUAGGUCAAUUUGCUAAAGCCCGGUAUGUAUGAUAUCGUUGGUUAUCCCAUGAUAAUAAUUUCCCCACUAUUUUGAAUAGAAACUGGGAAAGCAGGUAUUUCUUCGUCAAGAUCGACGAGAACUCCGUCCCCGAGUUAAUCGUUUUAGUUCUCAGGGUUAUAUGCUCUAUAGGCAUCUUAUCCUUGAACGACAUCGAUUGAAACCGAGAUGGUGCAACUUGUGAUUGGCAAAUUUAAGGAAAUUGCCCCUUGUACUUGGAGUUCAUUUACUCCUAUUGGGAUCACAACCAUUUUUGACAUUCUCUCUGAUGAGCGGAAUUCCAGCUGCUUGUCAAUUUUUGUGUUUAUUUGUUUUUGAUUGUCUGAUACUUUGUGAUUCGGGAAUUUGAGCUUGUCUAGUGGAGAUCAGCGAGGCUCAUGUUCUAGGUCUCGACAUCAGCCGCUUGUUCUCUGAAGUAGUGAGAGGGAAGCUUCUGCAUCAGCUAAGAGGACCAUAACGGAUUUGGAUUGGACCCCGUUUUGAUGAUGAUGAGUCAUGUUCUCGUACAAGGGAGUUUUCUAUGUCAUUUGAUUUUCCGGGGGACACAUCCUUUUCUGAGGACCGUUCCUCUAGCAUUGAGAUAAACCAGAGUUUUCGCCUGGCUGGCAAUCUGGUGGAUAAGUUCGAGCACUCUGUGUAGAGCCAUGUCUAGCGAGGCAUAUGUCGGACCAACGCUCGCGGUAAGCAUAUUCCUGUUUCAGUUUGGUUUGUGUUGGUGCGGAGUGCCAAUUUUAUUAAUGUUCCUUGUGGUUUUUCCUUUCUUUUUAGCAUAUGAUCUUGGUGAAUCGACUCCGCACGUACAAUGAAUGUGCGCUCCUUUAUGAGAGAGAAAGAAGGUUCUGAUUUGGAAAAUUCCACCAACCUCGAUCGUAUUGCACUGAAGAUAGCACAUGAGAGGGGAAAGAGUUGACUCACUGUUCAUCAGAGCUGAGUUUCAGUUUGUGAAAGUUGAAGAUCGGGGAAGAGGCCAAGAUGAUUGUCUUAAGGAGUUGGAAGCUCAACGUUCCACCCUUCGUUCUCAACUGAAAAUCACACUUGGAUCUUUGUCAGUGUCUAAGUCACACUCUCGUGCUAUUCUAAUCACUAUAGAAAAAAAAGCAGUAAGAUCAAUCUUCGUGAAGAAUAUAAUAAGAUAAAUCCUAGCAAUUCAAUUAGCAGUUCAUCAUAAGCCACUUAUAAUCUCUAAAUCUAACAAUAUGCAUAUUCAGACAUGUUUAAAGAAACAUAAAUCAAAGACUAAAUAGAAAUCAUAACUAAAUCCACAGGAAAUCCAAGAAGACUCCAAAAGGAGUUAUUCUCUUCUCUCCUUCUCUCAAAUCAAGCGUAGCCUAAAUAGUGGCUGGAAAAAAAAUAUAAAUAGGUUAGGCCAUGUCCUUAGCUCUUUUGUAAAUAAGGGACACUUCUGGGCCACUUUGCAAUUCUUGGAACGUCACUAAAACUUUUUGGAAAAUUGGUUAGGAUGGGUGUAGUUCGACGCCCAUGUGGUGUCGCUCAAUGCCCUUCAAUUUUCUUGAAUUCUCGACAGUUUCCUCUCGAGCGUCAUACGAACCACCCUUUAGUAAAACAUGCAUAAACUUCGAUCUAGGAUCCUGAUUGACCUCAAACCGGUGGCAUUGGAAAUUUAGCUCAAAGCUAUAUCUUAUGUAAAAAGAGGACCUUAGUCGUACCGUGCUAAGUCUUCCAUCUGGUUCUUACGUGGAUGUAUCUGCGCAGUUCUACAGUUCUACUUCACAUAAAGCUCCAAAAUCUCUAAAGUUGUCCAAAAUGUACCUAAACCUGAAAAGACUCUAAAACAAC